CACUCAUUCACAUGUACUCAACUCUCAUGGAAUAUUGGUGCAUAUAAAUAGGUGAAUGUGUUGCAACAUUGUAGUGGUUGAUUGCAACGCUCACAUACAUAAUCACAUCGAUGUCGAACCGAUGGAGGUUUGUGGUGGUGGUGACGCUGUUCACCUACUGUCUAACAUUCGAACGUGUGUCAACCUGGUUGAUACGUAGUGGUGAACCUGUGCAACACCCCGCUGAAUUCCCGUUCAUCGCAUUCUUAACGACAGAGAGAACAAUGUGUACAGGCUCACUAGUCUCAACGAGAGCAGUACUCACAGCUGGUCAUUGUGUUUGCUCACCAUUGCCAGUGAUUCGGGUUUCAUUUCUCACACUGAGGAAUGGCGACCAACAAGGCAUCCAUCACCAACCGUCUGGAGUUAUGGUGGCACCAGGAUACAUGCCCUCUUGUAUGUCGGCACGACAGAGGAGACCAAUCGCACUGAGACUCAGUGGAUUCGACAUUGCAAUUGUAAUGCUGGCUCAAAUGGUCAACUUACAGAGUGGAAUCACAGUGAUCAGUCUGCCACAUCCAUCGGAUAUCCCGCCACCUGGAACUGGUGUUUUCAUUGUUGGUUAUGGAAGGGAUGAUAAUGACCAUGAUCCGUCACGUAAGAAUGGUGGAAUUUUGAAGAAAGGUCGAGCGACUAUCAUGGAAUGCCGACAUGCGACCGAUGGCAAUCCUAUUUGUGUGAAAGCAGGUCAGAAUUUCGGACAGUUACCCGCUCCAGGUGACAGUGGUGGACCUCUCCUCCCAUCCCCUCAAGGUCCAGUACUCGGUGUUGUAUCACAUGGUGUCACACUGCCAAACUUUCCCGAUAUCAUUGUCGAGUAUGCCAGUGUGGCUAGAAUGUUGGAUUUUGUACGCUCCAAUAUUUGA